UGUUCUGACGGCUCAUGGUGACCCAACGCCCUAUUAUUAAGAACCUCCUUUAUUUUGUCAGUUACCUCAGCUGUACACCUUUGCAGUCACUGGAAAUCUACCGGCCACUCGAGGCCAUAGAUCCUAAUAUAUGUAUAUAAUAUAUAUACACAUCUCUCUCCCAUCAUCGCCCCUUCUCUUCUCUUCUCCCUCCCACCCCUUCUCUCUACCUCCCUCCAAGGGACACAAAUGCUAGUAACACCGGCAGGUUAACAAGCAGACUGCCAGCAAGCGAGAAGGACACCAGAGGAAAACGGUUAUUGUCAAAACCCAGAUAUUAUCCAUCUGAAUGAACGGAAACUGUACAACACGAUAUCCCCUCAACCUCUACCGACCAGCGCUUCAGACACCAUCGGACAGACAAGCAAAGUGACUGACUGACUGAAACAAAUACAGUUUGAAAGACACAGAAACCAAGAAAGAGCUGACAAGCAACGAGUCUCCAUUAUAGACUAGAGAAACAAACACACAACAGAUGUCCUGACUGGCUCAAACCUUCAGACAGACGGGCAGUUGUAUUGUGGAACACAUCAACACAGAGAAAUUAAAUGGCUGACAAGCAGAUCAGUUUGCCUGCCAAGUUGAUAAAUGGUGGAAUAGCAGGGCUGAUCGGUGUGAGCUGUGUGUUUCCCAUUGACUUGGCCAAGACCCGCCUGCAGAACCAGCAAAAUGGAUCACGCCUCUACACCAGCAUGUCUGACUGCCUUAUCAAGACCAUCCGCUCAGAGGGAUACUUUGGGAUGUACAGAGGGUCUGCGGUGAACCUAACCCUUGUCACGCCAGAGAAAGCCAUCAAACUAGCAGCAAAUGACUUCUUCAGACAAUACCUCUCCAAGGAUGGUCAGAAGCUCACCCUGGUCAAAGAGAUGCUGGCGGGGUGUGGGGCAGGUACAUGUCAGGUUAUCGUCACGACUCCUAUGGAGAUGUUGAAGAUUCAGCUUCAAGAUGCUGGGAGAAUUGAGGCCCAGAGGAAGCUGAUGCCUGAGACAGUAGUACCAGGGACCGUGCCGACAAAGUCCCCCACCGCCAUGCAGCUGACCAGGGAACUACUGAAAGAGAAGGGCAUCGCUGGGCUGUACAAGGGCCUAGGGGCCACACUGCUCAGGGAUGUUCCAUUCUCCAUCAUCUACUUCCCUCUGUUUGCCAACCUGAACACCCUGGGGAAGAGAGGAGCGCAGGGCCCCGCCCCGUUCUAUGUGUCAUUCCUGGCAGGCUGUCUGGCUGGCAGCACGGCCGCUGUGGCUGUCAACCCUGUAGAUGUGAUUAAGACCAGAAUCCAGUCUAUGAACAGGGGGAGUACAGAGGAAACGUACAGUGGGGUGACUGAUUGUAUCAGUAAAAUCCUGAAGAACGAGGGUCCCUCAGCGUUCCUGAAGGGGGCGUACUGCCGUGCCCUGGUCAUCGCACCCUUAUUUGGUAUCGCCCAGGUGGUCUACUUCUUCGGCGCGGGAGAAUACAUCCUCAGCUUCCUGCCUGGCAACUAAGUGACAAAGAACAUCAACCAUUCAGAUCUCUGCCUUUCCCUCCUCCCUUACAAAAUCACAACUACAUCAUGCACGGACCACACACCGCUAGGAUCCAGUCCCCUCUAGGAUCCAGUCACCUCUAGGAUCCAGUCCCUGCUAGGAUCCAGUCCCUGCUAGGAUCCAGUCCCCUCUAGGAUCUAGUCCCCUCUAGGAUCCAGUCCCCUCUAGGAUCCAGUCCCCUCUAGGAUCCAGUCACCUCUAGGAUCCAGUCCCCUCUAGGAUCCAGUCCCCUCUAGGAUCCAGUCACCUCUAGGAUCCAGUCCCCGCUAGGAUCCAGUCCCCUCUAGGAUCUAGUCCCCUCUAGGAUCCAGUCCCCUCUAGGAUCCAGUCACCUCUAGGAUCCAGUCCCCUCUAGGAUCCAGUCCCCUCUAGGAUCCAGUCCCCGCUAGGAUCCAGUCCCCUCUAGGAUCCAGUCCCCUCUAGGAUCCAGUCCCCGCUAGGAUCCAGUCCCCUCUAGGAUCCAGUCCCCGCUAGGAUCUAGUCCCGUCUAGGAUCCAGUCCCUGCUAGGAUCCAGUCCCUGCUAGGAUCCAGUCACCUCUAGGAUCCAGUCCCUGCUAGGAUCCAGUCCCCUCUAGAAUCCAGUCCCUGCUAGGAUCCAGUCACCUCUAGGAUCCAGUCCCCACAACGUUUGCCUACAUUGAUGUGACCCAACUCUCUGCCUCUCUUUCCCUCACAACUACAUCGAUAGGAUCCAGGAGAUCACCUGUCAUCACAAAAAAAUAAGGUUUUGAUCACAUCCAACAAUUUGGGAUUUAUUUAUUUGACCCUCUAGAGGUGAACAAGUUGCGUAUAGCCUCUUUCAGUGUCCCUAUUGUGUUGAAUGUAAUAUUACGGUUGUGAGCACACUAACAAGAACACUAGGAUGUUGACUGCCAAACUGUCAACACAAGAUUCCAGUGGAAAUGAAGCCACAAAUAUCAAGUUUUUAAAUUACGUUGUUGUUUUUUGAUUUCAUUUUUGAUUUAUUUUGGUUGUAAAUGUGGCCGUGGUUACAGGGUAACCCUUUUGUGUGCGUAGGGUGCUGCAGUUUUACAAGCAGCUAUAUCGCAAGUUAGUCCUUUCUGUCAGUACAGCCAUAGCAGCAGAAUGGUCACAUGAUGACAUCUGUUGCCUAUUAAUCACAUUUAACAACAUAUCUCGUAAUAAUAUAAGUAGUAAAAAAAAUGGUUGAUCCUAAUGAAGAAGGAUUUAAUGAGUUCUCAAGAAGACACAGGAUCAGUUAGAUAGAUUACCAAGCAUGCUCUAUUUAACCCUGUACACUUGUGGCAAUUGGCCUAUGUGGAUAGGGCUAAAUUAAAAUGAUUCUUUUUUUUUUUACAGAAGAAAUAUGAAAAGCAUAACGAUGGUAGCAAUUGAAAGGGAACAGUUUAGAGAUAAUAAAAUGAUUAGACCGAAGGUGGGGACACAACAGUUCACCUUAUACAAGACUGAAUCCAAACACUACACUUGAUUUGAUGUGUAUUUUACAUUUACUGUACUUUUCACCCCAUUUGUUGAUAAGGACAUCUGAAAAUACUCUGGAUACAUUCAGUAACACGAUCAGAUUAUUCCUGGAAAAUGUGGGGUAGAUACAACAUAAGACAGAACAAUGACAUGGGUUUGAGUGAGAGCACUAACUGGUGUCUCCAAGUGGACACACACUCCUCUCCAAAGUGUGCACAGUUCCUCAGCAAUUUCAAUGCACUUUUAUGACUCAAAGAAGAGUCUUCAACUAUAAGGUACCUUUUUUCUUUGAGCUCUCCUCGCUGUGCCGUUGUUAAACUAGAGCAAACACACUUGUAGUUGAACACAACCCUGCAUCCCGUCAUCACACAAUUACUGUUGUUGUUUAUGCAAUCCCAAAAAUGUCCAUUUAUAAAUCGCAAUCUGGGUCAGGAGGGCAUGAUUUGAAGGCUUGUUCUAUUGCCAACGUGACUAGCUAAGUUAUAAAAUAUGAUAUUACAGUGUUGGGCUUUCAACAAGGCAGUUCAGGGAAACACAUCAUUAUUUAGUUGCAUAGAAAGAAGUAAUGAAAGCAUUUAGGUGUGUGUUCCACGGCAGAUUGUCUUCACAAUAGACAAACAUAGGCUCAUUCUGUUCAGAACAACCCAGGGUAUGACCCCAUGUCAUCUUGGAGCUGUACAUUUAAACAUAGUGAUCGCUGUAUAUGACAUCAGUUUUCUGAUUUGGAAAUGUGAAGUGCAUAUUUGGGACUCAGGUGUUUGGCUUGCUUGUAUGACAUCAAAGCGAUAUUUAUUAUUAAUCGUCAACGUCUCAUCUUUCAAAAUACACAGAGUCGUCUUCA